AUGAAGGUCUUCAUUAAACAACUUAGCGGAGAGAUCACUACCUACGAGUUUGACUCUUCCAUCACCAUUGACCAAGUGAGACAAAAAAUCAAAGAAACCCAAGGAAUUGGCCCUGAUCAACAGCGUCUAAUCUUUGCUGGCAAAUUGCUUGAGGAUGGAAAAAAACUUUCUGACUAUAACAUUCAAAAGGAAUCUACUCUUCAUCUGGUUUAUGGUUCCAGCGGUGUCAUGCAAGUAUUCGUGAGGACUACCAGGGACAAAAUCAUCACAAUCUAUAUCAAACCAUCAGACACCAUCCUUCACUUGAAGCAAGAAAUUUUUAAAAAGGAUCCCGACAGCAAAGUUGAAAAUCAACGCUUGGUAUUUGGUGCUAAGCCACUUGAUGACGAUUACACGCUCUCCUAUUAUGACAUUAAGAAUGAAUCCGUGCUUUACAUGGUUCUUCGUUUGCAUGGUGGCAUGUCAGCCUAA